AGUAGUCUCUUUGCCGUGCAUAAAAGCCUAUGCGUUAUACGCACCGUUUUCGUCUUCUUUCGGAGUCACCGAAACAAAAUUCGCUCAUCACCCAUCCCCACCUUCCGCCUCUCUUCUCUGUGUCCUUAUUCUGUAUGAACCCAAUUCGCACACGUUCAUUACACAGCAAAAACAAAUCAAAAACUCCAAAUUCCCACUUUCUUUUUCUCCGAAUCCAUCGCCCAAAAUCCACCUAAAUCGGCCAUGAUCAUCGCAUGCAAGUCUUAUUAAUCAAUCCACAUCAAAUAUCAUGAUGGACAUGAGCGAAUACCCAAUCCUCAAUAAACUAAUCGCCGCCGUGAAGAAACCAUCAUGGGCUUUUCCGCUGCUUCUAUUCACCCUCGUCGUCAUCCUCAGCCUUCAAAUCACCACCAACGAAUCCGGAUUCCCGGAACGACCCGUUUCCGAUCCCGGUAUCCCCUUUGACUUUUCUGGGUCGGAUACAUGUGAUGGGUCGUUGCCGGCGAGGGAGUUGAAGAUGUCGAUUGUCGAAUUCGGUGGCGUCGGUGACGGUGUGACGUCGAACACGGCGGCUUUCUCGGUGGCGAUGAAGAAAAUGAAGAGCUUUGAGGCGAAAGGUGGGGCCCAGUUGAACGUUCCUAGAGGGAGGUGGGUCACCGGAAGUUUCAAUUUAACGAGUAAUUUCACAUUGUUUCUUGAAGAAGGUGCUGUCAUCAUGGGUUCAGAGGAUCAAAAGGAAUGGCCAAUUAUUGAGCCAUUACCUUCUUAUGGAAGAGGGAGAGAAAGAUUGGGAGGGAGACAUAUAAGCCUCAUUCAUGGUAAUGGUCUCACAAAUGUUGUCAUUACAGGGCAAAAUGGAACUAUCGAUGGACGUGGUAAAAUGUGGUGGGACCUAUGGUGGAAUAGAACUUUGGAACACACUAGAGGCCACCUUCUUGAAAUCAUGAAUUCAAGAAACAUUCUAAUUUCCAAUCUUACCCUUCGCAAUUCACCCUUUUGGACCAUUCAUCCUGUUUACUGCAGUAAUGUUGUAAUUAAAGACAUGACGAUAUUAGCUCCACUAAAUGCUCCGAACACCGAUGGCAUAGAUCCAGAUUCAUCUACAAACGUCUGCAUCGAAGAUUGUUACAUCGAAAGCGGAGAUGAUCUUGUAGCUGUGAAAAGCGGGUGGGAUCAAUACGGCAUUUCCAUGGCUCGUCCAAGCUCCAACAUCAUCAUCCGGCGAGUCUCCGGCACCACUCCGACGUGUUCAGGAGUUGGAAUCGGAAGCGAAAUGUCCGGCGGGAUUUCGAACAUCAGAGUGGAUAAUCUCCACAUUCGGAAUUCAGCAGCUGGGAUUCGAAUCAAGACAGAUAAAGGUAGAGGUGGGUAUAUCGAAAACAUCACGAUUACGAAUGUUGUAAUGGAGAAUGUUAAGGUCCCGUUAAGGUUCAGCCGUGGCGCCGAUGACCACCCUGACGACGGCUGGGAUCGGAAAGCUCUUCCGAGGAUAAAUCGUAUACUUAUAACGAAUGUGGUGAGUUUUGGUUCGAGAAAAGCCCCUAUGCUGUUGGGGAUUGAAGGUGCUCCUUUUGGGGGAAUAUGUAUGAGAAACGUUAGUUUGUGGGGUCUACCGGCGACGGUGAAAUGGAACUGUGAACACAUAUCUGGUUUCGUUAAUGGUGUUUCUCCGGCGCCAUGUUCUUUGUUGCAGAGAGAUGCAUCAAUGACCUGUACAUAGCACCCAAAGAUAGCAUAUAUGGUUCUGGAAGUGGGAAAUUUGAGAAAAGCACAGGUUGCGAUGACAAGAUUAACGGAAAUUGAAUUCAUCGGGAACUUGUAUUGUACAAUUUGUUGUGCUCCGGUGAUCGGAAGGCGCAUUGUUGGCCGGAAGUAGGAUACAUUGUCCGGCGGUUGGCUGUUUUUGUAUGCACGUUGGACAGGCAGUGAAGUUGAGGUACAACUUUUACUGCGUAAGUUAUACAUCUCUGUAGAAAAUCUGUUAAUGUAUUUCUAUGGAAAGUUGAUAUACUUUUUUAUUUUUCUGUCCAUUUUUUGAUUCAUUGUUCACACUUUACAAUUAGCUCCCUGAAUGUAAUGGUUAUUGGCUGUA